AUGAUUCGCAUUGCGACGAUCUUAGCAUACAACAUGACUGGAGACAAGCAUUCAAUGCCGAGACUUUCAAUCAGAAAAUCUCUGAGGAAGAUGAGCGGGAAGUCGGUGGAGGAUGUAGUGAAGCAAGUGCAACGAAUGCGCAGGAGAGUGAAGGGCGACGGACUAUCUCAAUCAGAUCAGGUCGACAGAAAGUCAAUAAGGGAAUUGCAAGUCAAGAUUUAUAAACGGCAGCGUAUUCUUGCAAUCUUGGCGUCAUUAAGCCUCUUGGGUGGAAUCAUGGUCAAUGAGAUCUGUGCUGCUCCAGAUUAUUCGGAUCAUUUGCCAAAUGCUGCCGAGCAGGCUUGGUUAGACAGUGCGAGUAGACCAGCAAGGCGAUGUAAUAACAGUCUUGCUCACAUCAUCAAAUUCUCGGAGACGAUAAUCACGUUGGUCAUUUACGCAAUAAUCUUCAACAAUUUUGCAUUGGAAGCACAAGUCUUGGGGGUAAGAAAAAGCAUAGAAAAUAGGAUGUCCAACAUCUCGCACAUAGAAGGAAACAAUCAGCGACGAUACCGCUUCAAGUGGACCUCGAUUGCAUUCCUGAUAGUCCAACUGUUCAUCAACCUGUUUCACACAUUUCCGUUUGUGUAUUUAGACAUUCGGAUGGAAAUCCUUGGGACCAAGCUCUACUAUCGAUUGGAGUCAAUCAUGUGUGCUUUGAUGUUUCUGAGAUUGUACCAUAUUUGGAACUGGCUAGAGAACGCGACCUACCUGCGAUACUUCGACCUUGAGGAUUCUUACAUGGUUGGUGAUCAUGCAACCAUCGUAAUGUCACAAGAAAGUGCAACGUCUCAUAGGACUCUGGCUUUCAAAGUUGCCAUGACUCGGAAUCCGGGAUCCAUCGUGCUCUUCGUCAUGUUUCUGCUACUUGGAAGCAUGUCAUACAUCAUGAGGAUAGCUGAAGGACCGGCAUACAUGCCGCACAGCAUAUAUAUCUGGGAUCAGAUGUGGGUGAUUUUGACACAGGCGACCACAGGGUACAGUUCAUCUGUUCCGAAGACUCACAUCGGAAGGAUGGCUGCGGUGGUUGUCAUGUUGUGGAUGCCCCUUAUCAUCGCUUUCAUCACUGCGAGUACCACCAAGAAGCUCAAUCUCAAUGCCGAUGAAGAGAAAAUGAUGGUCUCGAUCGACAACAACAGAUUGAAGAUGGCCGCCAUGAGUUGUGCUGCAAGAGUUAUUCAAUUCUGGUGGAGAAACCUCACUGGGGUUUACCGUUCGAACAAAAGGAAAUCGAAUCCAACGUAUAAAGAGCUGAAGCGGCUGGACCUGCUGCGGAAACUGUACAAGGCUGGCGACAAUCUGAGAAGAUUUUACCUCACGCACAAAAAUGCUGUGAGGGAGGAUCAUGCAGGGCUGGGGGAUCUGAUUGGAAGGCCAACCAAGACAAAGUCCUCUCUACCUGCCGCGAAUCCGAAUCGACUGUCAGAAAUGAAACUCCCUUCGAGACAGACUUCGGGUUCCACCGCAAACUUCUCGAGCUCUCAAUAUUCUCUUGAUGACUUGGUGGAUGAGAUAAGAAGUCUCAAAGACAAGCAUUCAAGGCUCGAGGCGCUUGUCUUGGAGGUCCUAGGGAACUCAGAGAGGAACGCAGCAGAGCCUGAGAUUCAACCUUCGCAGAGCAGAAGGAGUUCGUACAUGAGCAAAGAGUCGAAAGAUGAACUCCUCGAGUUCGCUAGAAAGGGCUCCUUCUCCUACAAACAGAACUUUCCAAUGACGUCCAGCCAGCUAUCCAACGAUUCGAAUCCUGAAAUGGUCAACGAGGUCUUCAAGCUGCCAGCUCGCAGGAUGUCGGAGCCCAGGGUCCCAGGUCCAGAGUUCCCGUCGAUGUCACCCAGGCUCUUCUCAGCCAGCGAAUCGGAGGAGGAGGAGGAGAUCCGCCUCUCGAAGAUGCUGCCCCCCAGGCAGCCACGGAGAUCUAGCGAUGCAGACGUGCGCAGCACGGCAACGAGUGUGGGAAAGGCAACCUCCGUCGAUCUCAGAAUGCUGGAGCCCUUGUCUCCGGGAAGGUUUAACAAGGCAGAGUUUCCCUCCAGGAGUGAGAGGUCCGACGCAGAUCGCCUAUCCCCGAGCAGGGACAACCGAAUGAGCAUCCGAAACAAGCCUGUUUCGAGGACACGAUCGAGAUCCAGCUCUCCUAACAGGAGAGAGUCUGGAGGGAGGAACCCGCCGUCCCUCCUUCCCAUCGAGACGAACGACGUCGAUGAUGUGGAGAGCGAGAUACUGUUUACACGAGCAAGAACCUUGAACACCAUGAACGGCAACCACUCCUCUGCCAAGAUCAUGACGACCAAAGCAACGCCCAUGACCAUGACGCCGAGGCUGGUGGCCGCCCAGAAGCGAGCCAUGGAGAAGAUGCAGGGGAGCUCGCAGGAACAAAGCAGUCAACGGAUUUCCUACAGGUCGAUCUCGGCAGCUCCCGCCGACGUUUCAAGAACCACCAGCUACAUGCCCAGCUACAGAGAGCCGACUCCUCGCACUGCCAACCUCUCGGCCUCCAGUCCUCGUCGAUCACAGUCCACAGAAGAUCCAGGGGACGAUGUGUCUGCCAAGGUCAUGUGGAUGAGAACACAGAUGUCAGCUCCCGGGCCUGGUUCUCAAAGGACUGACUCUCUUCCAAUCACCUACCAGUCCUCAUACACCUCCACCCGUUCGCUUGCAGAAUCGCUCUUACAACGGAAUCAUCACAUCCUCGGCCACAACGGCAGGGCCGGUCACAACCUGUAA